AUGAAUGAAUCUGUAACCUAUAAUACCAAGGAUGGUUUGGAAGCAUGUUAUUAUGUAAAUCAAACUGGAGGCAAUUAUUUUCAAAGUACAAGUGCCUUGACGACAUCUCUCCCUCUCUUUGUCCUCCAAUUAUCAGUUGUUCUUUUCACCACUCGGCUUCUCCUCUUGGUCCUCAAGCCUCUGCGACAACCCAGUAUAGUUGCUCUUAUUAUUGCUGGGGUGUUGCUAGGUCCGACAGGACUUGGAAAUGCCUCGUUUUCAGAACACGUCCUUCCUUUCCAAGCUAUCAAGGUGUUGGAAACAUUUGCAAACUUGGCUCUCGUUUACUAUAUGUUCCUGGUUGGGUUAGAAAUGGACCUAAACCUCAUCGUGAACAGUGGAUCAGAGGCUACUUGGAUCGCCAUUUCUGGAAUUCUGAUUCCAUUUGGCUUUGGCGUUGUCUCAUUUUAUCUAUUACUACUAUUUGGUAGUACUGCAAAGGAAAUCAGCAGCUUUAAGGUCUCCAUAUUCUGGGCUAUUACUCUCACAGCUACCAACUUCCCUGACGUUACUCAAGUUCUCACAGACCUCAAGCUCCUUCGCACCGAUAUGGGAAGGUUGGCCUUGUCUACAGCUGUUAGCAGUGAUUUCUUUACUUGGGUGCUUCUUGUAGUUGCAAUGUCAUUGUUGAAUUCUCACCCAUAUUAUGCUUUGCCAUCUAUCAUUUUUUUCGUUUUAUUCUGUGUUUUUGUGAUCCGUCCGGCAAUCUCAAGGUUAGCUAGACAUGCUAUCAAAGGAGACGACUUCACCGAACAACACAUUUGGUUUAUUUUGGGCUGGAUUGUGUUUUUCGGAUUCAUCACUGAUGCCUUUGGUUUGCAUUCUAUGGUUGGUAGUUUUAUGUUAGGAGUUAUUAUGCCUCGUCGAGAUCUUAUCAAACUGAAACUCAUGGAAAGGCUUGAUGAUUUUGUGACUGGGAUUAUGAUGCCCCUCUUCUUCUUAACUUCUGGGACACGAACCAAUGCUGGUUUUAUGCUGAAGGAAACUCCAUGGUAUGUAAUAUUACUGAUCUUAUUCCUUAGUUUUGGAGCAAAGAUACUGAGCACAUUGCUCAUCUUUAUGUUGCACAACAAGCCACUGGAGGAUGGUUUUGCUCUUGGCGUGAUAAUGAACACUAAAGGGGUUUUAUCGAUCAUUAUCCUUAAUGCAGGCCGGAAUAUUGAGGUUCUAAACAACCAAACGUUUACCUUAAUGGUGUUUUCAGUCUUGGCCAUGACUUGUUUGGUGGAGCCAAUAAUUUCUUCCACAUAUAAGCCUAGAAAAAAUUUGCUAAAAUAUAAGCACAGGACCAUAGAGAGUGUGCUGGCUACCGGUGCAGAGUUUAAAAUCCUUGCAUGUGUUCAUUCAAAUCGGGAUACACCAGGCAUGAUUAGCCUCCUCGAAGCCUCUAAUGCCAGCCAAGAAUUCCCUAUUUAUGUGAUUGCCGUCCACUUGGUAGAGCUGACCGGAAGGGCUAUGGCGAUGUUAAUUGUUCAUGACCAAUGCAAGACAAGCAAAAGCAAACCUAUCCGUGCAAAAUCAGAAUCGGACCAAAUUAUUGAUGCUUUUGUAUCGUACGAGAAGAGAAACCGAGCUGUGUCUGUUCAAACAAUCACUGCAGUAUCACCUUAUGAAAAUAUGCAUGAGGACAUUUGCAGCCUUGCGUUGGACAAGCGCGCUUCCCUCAUCAUCAUACCAUUCCAAACAAUCUUAGCUGCGGACGGCCAAAUAGAGGAUGCUAAAUCUACUUUUCCAGCUACGAACCAAUAUGUGCUGGAAAAUGCACCAUGUUCUGUGGGUUUACUGGUUGAUCGUGGACUCAGUUCCAUCACGCAGAUAGAUUUCGCAAGGAACAGUACUAGCUCGAAAGGGCUCAGAAUUGCUAUGAUUUUCAUUGGUGGCCCUGAUGACAGGGAGGCAUUGGCUUAUGCAUGGCGAAUGGCAGGCCAUCCCGGAGUAAAUUUAACGGUGCUUCGAUUUCUUCCAGGUAGAAAAGUAGCACAAUCCGAUUCAGAAAACAGAUCAAGCCAUGAUGAUGGGAUAUUUGAUUCCUUGACAUUUGAGGAGAGGGAAAAGAGGCUCGAUGAGGAGUAUACAUAUGAGUUCAUGUUCAAAACUCUUGAUGUCGAGUCCAUUACUUACACAGAGAAAGUGGUAAAUAAUGGGGAUGAAACUCUUGCGGAAAUUAGACGACAUGAUGCAGAUUUUGAUCUUUAUAUAGUUGGAAGAGGGGAGAAAACAAGAUCAGAGCUCAUAUCAGGGUUAUCAGACUGGAAUAGCUGUCAGGAAUUGGGAACCAUGGGAGAUACACUUGCUUCAUCAAAUUUUGCAUCACAUGCAUCAAUCCUUGUGGUGCAACAACACGUCCCCAAAAACUAUAGUGCAACCCCUGAAGGAUUUUCAGCACUCAUUGGUUCAUCAUCUUGGCAACCACUUAUGGCUAGUGGUAGGGUUUCCUCUGGCAAUACUACUGGCAUUUCACACUAUCAUGUUCAUGAUCAAGACGAAGAUGAUGAUGAUGAUCAUAAAUAA